GGAGGCCACGGCCUGGGUGGACGGUGCGCCGUGCGCAGGCGCGGAGCUAGACCUCGCUGCCGCCCCUAUUGCCUCGGGGAGUCUCACCCACUGAGUCCUCCCGCUGGCCCGUCAGUGCUCUCUCCCUCGUCCGCCCUCCCCGGUUCCCCCAGCGCCCUACGCGCCCCGAUGGCGGAGCUGCGGCCUAGCGGCGCCCCCGGCCCCACCGCGCCCCCAGCCCCUGGCCCUACUGCGCCCCCGGCCUUCGCGUCGCUCUUCCCCCCGGGACUGCACGCCAUCUACGGAGAGUGCCGCCGCCUUUACCCUGAUCAGCCGAACCCGCUUCAGGUUACCGCUAUCGUCAAGUACUGGUUGGGUGGCCCAGACCCUUUGGACUAUGUUAGCAUGUACAGAAAUGUGGGAAGCCCUUCUGCCAACAUCCCUGAGCACUGGCACUACAUCAGCUUCGGCCUGAGUGAUCUCUAUGGUGACAGCAGAGUCCAUGAGUUUACAGGAACAGAUGGACCCAGUGGUUUUGGCUUUGAGUUGACAUUUCGUCUGAAGAGAGAAACAGGGGAGUCUGCCCCACCAACGUGGCCAGCAGAGCUAAUGCAGGGCUUGGCCCGAUACGUGUUCCAGUCAGAGAAUACCUUCUGCAGCGGGGACCAUGUGUCUUGGCACAGCCCUUUGGAUAACAGUGAGUCAAGAAUUCAGCACAUGCUGCUGACUGAGGACCCACAGAUGCAACCUGUGCAGACACCCUUUGGGGUAGUUACCUUCCUCCAGAUUGUUGGUGUUUGCACCGAGGAGCUGCACUCAGCCCAGCAGUGGAACGGGCAGGGCAUCCUGGAGCUGCUGCGGACGGUGCCUGUUGCUGGUGGCCCCUGGCUGAUAACUGACAUGCGGAGAGGAGAGACCAUAUUUGAGAUCGAUCCACACCUGCAACAGGAGAGAGUUGACAAAGGCAUCGAGACAGACGGCUCCAACCUGAGUGGUGUCAGUGCCAAGUGUGCUUGGGACGACUUGAGCCGGCCCCCUGAGGAUGACGAGGACAGCCGGAGCAUCUGCAUCGGCACACAGCCCCGGCGGCUCUCUGGCAAAGACACAGAACAGAUACGGGAGACCCUGAGGAGAGGACUCGAGAUCAACAGCAAACCUGUCCUUCCGCCAAUCAACCCUCAGCGGCAGAACGGCCUUACCCAUGAACGGGCCCCGAGCCGCAAAGACAGCCUAGAAAGUGACAGCUCCACGGCCAUUAUUCCCCAUGAGCUGAUCCGCACGCGGCAGCUGGAGAGUGUACAUCUCAAAUUCAACCAGGAAUCAGGAGCCCUCAUUCCUCUCUGCCUAAGGGGCAGGCUCCUGCAUGGACGGCACUUUACAUAUAAAAGUAUCACAGGUGACAUGGCCAUCACGUUUGUCUCCACCGGAGUGGAAGGUGCCUUUGCCACUGAGGAGCAUCCUUAUGCAGCUCAUGGACCCUGGUUACAAAUUCUGUUGACCGAAGAGUUUGUGGAGAAAAUGUUAGAGGACUUAGAAGAUUUGACUUCUCCAGAGGAAUUCAAACUUCCCAAAGAGUACAGCUGGCCCGAAAAGAAGCUGAAAGUCUCCAUCCUACCCGAUGUGGUGUUCGACAGUCCGCUGCACUAGCCUGGGCUGGGCCCUGCAGGGGCCAAGGGGAACCCAGCUGCUCCCCAGUGACUUCCAGUGUAACAACUGCGUAAACGAGAUUCCCACAAAUAAAAGGACAAGUGUGAGGAUGACUGCGUAGCCACCACACCCACAGCCCGGUGGGAUGCCAUGCAUGGCUACAGGCCUCCCACCUCAUCUCCAGCUCAGGGGCCUCCCCCACCAGUUGGUCAAGCCCAUGUGACCUGGCCCUGGUCCCACUAGGCCAGUGAGCAGGCAAAUGCAAACCCUUUCUACCUGCUGCAUCACAGGUCCUGGUCUGAGACUUGACUGGACCCUUGAUGUGCCCCUAGGUGGAGCCAGGCCUUGUUCUCACCUACCCCCUGCCACCCAACCCUGCAGGAAGGAGGAAGAGCCUCUGAUGUGGAGUGUACAUGCAAGUGCCCUGCCCAGCUCAGCUCUGGGAAGCCUUUGCCAGUCAAGCUCCUCUGGCCACAGAACAGUCCCUCCAAUUGCAUUUGGUUUUCUUCUCCCUUAUUUUAUUUUGUAGAAACCGGAUGGUAUCUUAUUGCUCUGCAAAGGUGUCCAGAGCCAUGUAUAUAAUGAUUUUUAAACAGAACUUUAUUCUCAGAUGAACUUUCUCAUUCUCUCAAAUGGGUUGGGGCUGCGUCUCCCCCCCCCGCCGUAUUGCCACCGGAGAAGGUGCCUGGUGCUGUUUGCCUGCCAGCCAGCCCAGGGCUGUGGAGGAGCCGGCUUCACAGAGAGAUUUUUCUUUCCAGCUGGGCCUAGCGGAACCUGGGGCAGGGGGAGAGCAAAGAUACUCCUCCAUGCAGCUUUGAGCUCAGUUGAGCUGGGGCCAGGAAGGAGUGCUGCUAUUUUCCAAGUGAACUGGGCCUCACUAAGUUCAGGGACCCUCAGGGUCUCAAAGACUUGAUGACCCCAGCCUCAUCUUCCAGGCCUUUUCCACCCUACCAGGACUGCCUGGGAUAGGGUGAGGCCCAGCAUCUCAUAGACCAUCCCCAUCUGCCACUCAGGCCCUGGGUCUCCAGCUCUUUGACCACUCCUUUCCCAUUUCCUCAUCCCCCGGACUUCCCAGCCCCCAGGCUUCAGGACUCUGGCUUACUAGAAACCGAAAAAUCAACCUCUGAAUAUUUCUUUCACUUUGAUUUUGCCAGCACUGCUCUCUGCCACCCUCCCAUCCUUCCUGCAUCUAUUCAGUUCUCAUUUUUCAUUCCACAUCCCUUGUCCUGUCUCCUUUCCUUGGUCUCUCACCCCUAGUUAUGCAGAUCUCACAGUCUGCCUUCCAGAAGCCAACCUAUCUCUAGCCCACAGUUUUGGGGUUCCUCUUGGAUUAUCUCUCACUCCUAACCUGGAAUCAGCAAGCCCCUGUCCUGCCCUCUUACCCUGGACUUUAGGGACUGCUACUUCAAGAUCACCCUGCAGACCUCUCAAAAGCAAAGUUAUUUUGUCUGUCAGGGAUCAUGCAUGGCUCCUCACUGCCCUCAUCUGCCUCUGCCACACACAUGGGCACCACCAGAAGUGCCACAGGAGGUCCACAGAGUGCAGGGGACAUGAGGCCACUGGCUGGGCUCUCCAGUGAUCAGGAAUUGGAUCUCCAAAAGACCACUAGGCCUGGCUCCUUCUCCUGCACACCCCCAGGGCUAUCUGGUUAACUCCAUCAAGCUCCAAGCUUCAAGGGAAAUCAGCCUGGAGUGUUUGGGAGAGAAUGGCUCCAGGCCCCCACCAGCCAAGAUUCAAGCCUCUCUGGACCUGAUGUCAGCAGCAGCUGUGCUUUCCACUGCCCUGAGGACUUUUCCAAAAGGACACUUACUGGUCUUCACCCACCACAGCAGCCCUGCCUUUGAAGCGCUUGUCUUCUGACAUUUCUUAGGCAGAGAGAUGCCAUCAGUUUGCCUCCAUUCCUUGCCAUCCUAACCAGUCACUCCCCAAAUUCUCUCUUCCUGGGGACCUGCCCAAGGACUCCUUGCUCCAGUUCACCCUGCCUCCAUCUGCCUGAUUGGGGUGGGAGGCAUUUUCUGAGCUAAGCUUUGUCAUCAGCAUGUGAGGCAUCUGGUCAACAACUUACCCAAGGCCUGCAGGGCCUUUGCAGAUUGAUGGUAGGCACCACCAGUAAGGCAGCCUCAUUCUAGGGGAGCAGGGGAAGGCAGGAGGAAGCAGGUGAGCUCUGAGAUGCUGAGCCCCAGGACCCCUGUGGCCCCUUCCUGCCGCUACCAUGUCAGGAACCUCAUGAACAUCCAAGAUCCCACUGGGGCCAGGCCUCCAUCUCACUUCCGUACAGUGCAUUGACUCUGGGGGAAUGGCAGGGCGUCAGCUGUCUCCGACCAGGCCUCCUUGCCCCUGGGUGGUGGGGCCUCCCAAAGGUUUCUUGGGGAGGGAACUUUCCAUUGAGCUGCUGGGGACCCUCAAUGAGGAUCAAGAGAAGCUGACCUUGCACAUGCCCAGCACAGCUUCUGUGGGGCUCAGUAUAUGUGCCCCUUCUUUCCCUCCUUACUUCAUUGGUGGUUUGAGGAGGUAAAGAGCCCCCCUCACUGUAUCAGCCUCUUCUGCAGGCUUCUUUGAGGUUUCCCAGUCCUACGGCAUCCCUCCAGGUCCCUGGUGCUAGAGGUUCUGAGAAGGGGCUCCCUGCCACUGUUGCCCACUAUAGGAGGCAGACUCCUGUGGCUCUUUAGAUCCAGUGUGGGCUGCAAGAGGACCACAGACAGACCCAGCUUCCAUUCUGAGGGGUUUGGGGAUGGACAUGCAAGUUCUCAGGUCUGGCUGGGAAACUGGUGCCUCUUCCUACCUGACUCUUCUUCCAAAGGCAAGACUCCAGGGCAGGGACUGGGGAAGCCAUGGGGAGAGUCUAAAAGGGAUAGAGCAUUUAAAAGAGUAGACACAGGGUCUUGGGACUGGGUUUUGAGGUUGAGUUGAGAACAGGGAGAAAACCUGAAGGUCAGUGCCCCUGUGGGGCAGACCAGUAGAGAAUUCCCUUGACUACUUUUUUUAUCUGGUCUUCGCUCUCUAGCUUCCAGGACCUCCACGCCAUGUGAGGUGCCUGGGUCUCUGUCACAAGGUAGGAGCCCUAUAGAGAGACCCCUCCUUUUGUACAAGUACCUGAAUACUGCAGUGAGCAGACUUUUGUAAAAUUUUAUAUUAGUUUUUAAUGUGAGUGGCGACUCAGUUCCUGGGGCGGCAGUCAGCCUGGGACUUUUGUAAGAAUUUUUGGGUGACUCACUUAGAUGUUGUUUCCUUCUUGUCCCCUCUUGUUCUGUGUAAUCUAA